UGAUAACGAGGCCGAACUGACCCCAUCCCCCAGGGGCCCCCCUAUAGGGCCUAUAGCCGUGGUUAACACUCAAGUUUCAAGUUCAACAAUUUGUUGAUAACAACGAAACUACAAGAGCACGUUAAAUAUUUUUCGUUUACGUUUACUGUUUUUUAUUAUUUUUUUUCUCAAUUAUUUCUUUUAAUGUUUACUAAUUAAUUAAUUUUAAUAUGAGCAAUACGACCUUCUGCAUUUAAUGCAAUGAUUUAAAAUAAUCGUAUAUAAAAUAACGCUACACGAUCAUGGUAGCAGGUAACAGUCUAGUUGUUGUUUAAUUCUUUGUACGAUGCAUUUUUAAAGUAUGUAGCAAUAUUUGGUUAUAUUAAGACUAUAGAGAGUGUUUUCUUAUUAAUAAAAUUGUUUAGCUCUCAGAAAAUUAUGGGAAACUCAAAUUGGGCAAAUUCAAAUGUGCCUAAAUGUCUUCCAGACAAAGUAUCACAGUUGUAUUACUCCUAUGGUUUGUUUUGUGCAUCUCAUCCAGUUGUUUCGUUAGUAAUUUCUACUGUAUUUGUAUUUUUAUGCAGGUAAUAAUAAAAAUAAUAAUUCAUCUAAAAAAUAUAUUAUCUAAGUGUAUUAUUUUAUAUUUUAUUUAUUACAUGCUAGAUUUUUUUUUCUUUUUUAUAAAAUGUUUUAUAUAAGAAUGGAUUGGUAUUUAUUUGUAAAAUUGUUUAAAAUUAUUAUUUUUACAAAUUUAAAAACUAACAUAAUUCACCCACUCAUGCGGUUUUUCAAUUUUUAUUAUUUUUUAUGUGUUUCAUACAAACUUAAAAAGUAAGUAUCAUACAAUAGUACCUAUAGUUUUUACUAUAGUGUUGCCUCAUAAAAAAAAUUAAUAUAUUGAUAAAAAAACCACAUGGGACCCCAAAUUUGUUUAUUAAUGUUAACUUGAAUAUUUCAACUUAUUUUGGUAGUAAUAUUAUAUAUUUUCUAGUUUAUCAUUGUUCGGAUUGCCUUUAUUCAACAAUGUUGCACAUUCAACCAUAACACCUUCUUAUAAGCCAGAAAAUGUAUCAAAUCGAUGGUUUAAUGGACAACCUCGUGUGUAUAUUCAACAAGUAACAUAUUUUAAAUUAUUUAAAUAUUAAAUAAGACAGGUCAAUUUAUACUAAUUUUUUUUUCAAUAAUAUUGGAUAUGUUUUUAGGUUAUUGUACGGUCAAUGGUAAAUCCAUGGAUGGAUAAUUUAGCCUCAUCAGACGCCUUUAGAGGUCCAUUAGCUGAAUCAUUCAAAUUAGUUGAGACCAUAAGAAACUAUCAAUUGGAUAACAAGUAUUUACAUUAACAGUUUUUCAAAUAUAUAUCCAGUGUAUAUAUUAUGUAAGAUUUCAUUUCAUUUGUCAUUAGAAUUUCUUUAAAUGAUGUUUGCCUGCACAUAGAAAACAUUAACUCUGAUGUAAAGACAUUGCCAGAAUAUAGUUGUUUACUUGUGUCACCUACUAAUUUAUGGCAUCAAGACCCAGAGGAAUUUCAUACAGAUAAUAGUCUCGAGAAAACAAUUUUUACUUAUCAGGUAUGUAAUGUACAUUAAAAGUUAACUGUUUUAAAGUGUUAGGGACAAUAUAAGGGAUACAAGACUCAACCACUUUAAAAUAUAGAAUGUCUCAUGUCUUAAACUUAUAUUUUACCAUUAUUUAUAACUUAAUAAUUGAAAAAAAAAAAUUUAAGCUUGUUAAACUAGAAUAAUUCAGUUUAAAAUCUGAUCACUUUAUCGAUAGUAAUCAUAAAUUAUUGUAUCACUAUAUAUUUAGUGUGCAACAAUAUGCUAGUAAAUCAAAUACUAUUUUGUUUAGUACAUCCUUCUGAUGGAUCACAUACAAUCAUUUAUUUGUUUUUUUUUUUUUGUCCAAACUACUUAUAUAAUGUAAUUUAUAUAUUUUUUUUAAUUUUCAGAGUCCAUCUCACAUAAAAAUUAGUAUUCCAGAAGUAUUAUUUGGAAUGCCACUUAAAGAAACUGGAAUUAGGAGAUAUGCUGUACAUCCUAGACAAAGAGUUAUUCAAUUUGCUAUUACAAUUUUUAUGAAACGGCUUGUACCACCGUGAGUAACUUUUUUGUUUUAUAACUUUAUAAUAACAUAUAAAUGUAAUGAGAGUAAUUUUUUUUAUUAAAGGUUUAUUCAAGGGUUAAAAACCCAUUUAAAACACAUUUACCCUGUAUAUGUUAAAUCAAAUCAGAUUCUUUCGGACACAUCCACAUUGCAUAUUUACUAUCCUGGAGAAGUUAAUUAUGAAACAAUUUUUUUUUUGUUCACUUGCUAUAUGCUUUUAUUUGCAUAUAUUUAUUAUUCUAUUAAAAAAAUGGACAUAUUUGUCUCCAAGGUAUUUUAUUUGUUAAUCUUAAAUAUUGUCUAAUUAAUGCACUUUUACAAUAUUUAGAUAGGAAUAAGUUUUGGAGCAGUUUUCACAGUUGUGUCUACUCUUUUAACAACCAUGGGACUAUGUUUUAUAUUUGGACUAGAUUUCACAAUAAGCAUUCAAAGUCAGAUAGUAAUGUCAAUAAUAUAAUUUUAAAUUUGUUCACUUUAAUUAAUUUAUAUAAUUAUAUUAACAAAUGUUUUAGGUAUUUCCUUACUUAAUUAUUGUUGUUGGUCUUGAAAACAUGUUAAUUAUAAUAAAAUCUGUGGGUUCAACCGCACCAAACUUGGAUGUAAAAAUAAGACUGGCUCAAGGUUUAAGUAAAGAAGGAUGGGCUAUUACUCAAAAUCUUUUAAUUGAGGUUACUAUUUUAACGGGCGGAUUAUUAACUUUUGUACCAUCAAUUCAAGUAAUAUUAUUUUAUAUUAAAAAUCAUAAUUAUUUAUUUUCUUACUUAUUAUUGUUUUAUAUAUUUAGGAAUUUUGUAUAUUUGCUAUAGUUGGAUUGCUCUGUGAUUACUUUUUCCAAAUGGUUUUUUUUCUUGCACUUGUAUCAUUAAAUAUGAAAUCUGUAGAUGACUCUACUUACCAAAAAACAUAUUACCCAUUUUCAUUUGCUAAUUUGGCCAAUAAAAUGCAUAAAUCUAAUCCUCCAGCAUUGAAACAUUCAAGUCGUAGUGGUGUCAUGUUAAAGUCUGCGUCUCAUCCACGCUUAAAUGGUUUACAAAUUAUGGCAUCAUUAGAAGAUCCAAGACGUAAACCAAUAUCCAAACGUUUAAGAUUUUUAUAUUUUUGGGCGGCCACAAGAAUUGUACAGCGAUUAUUAAUGAUGGUUAUGAUAUUAUGGAUAUCUGGUAUAAUUUAUAAUACAGAAACUGUUCAAGAAUUUUUCAACUUAAGGAAAUCUGUGAAUAUUGAGGAAACAAAUAUUCAACCACAAUCAAAUAUACAUUUUCCUCUUGCAUGGGAAGAAGGCCGAAGAGCUGUUAUUAUUGAAAACAAAGCCAGAGAUACUGAAAAGAAAGAAUACCAGAUACAUAAUAAAGUAUUGUAUUAUUAACAAAUAAAAAUUUGUAUUGUUAAUUACCAAUGUAAACCAUUUUUGUGUAAGGUUAAUCAAUCGCAAGAAAAUGAUUUGCCAUAUUAUGUGAAACUUUUAAAUACAGAAAAAUGGCCUCAUUGGCCUAGACUGUCUUGGUACAACUGGCAAUUUUUAUUAGGCAUGUAUAAUAUUAGUGUCGCUGGAUCUUAUGUGUCUAUACUACAACCAAUACAUGUGGCUCACCCUGUAUCACCUCUGGAAGCAAUGUCUUUACGUGAAUCUCUAAAUAAUGCUGAUAAAUCGUUUCCAUCCCAUUGGAAAUCCUUUGCUGCAGCUCUUGACCCUUUUGAUUUUGUUGGUAUGUUUUUAUUAAAAUUAUUGAAAUUUUUCUGCAUUUCACAAAUUAUCUUAUCAUUUAGAUACACAUAUAGUAGCUCCACUGGGAAGUCGAAAAGACAUGAAUAUUGAUAAAUCAUCUGAACCUUUUAUACCUACAUCACCGUCAGAAUUAAUUUUAAUUGCUGUCCUAUGUCUUAUUAGCAUAUUAGUGCUAGUUUAUACUUUAGUAAUGUUGUAUAGAUGUGUCUGUAGUCGUAACUAUGCUGAAUGGAGAGCUGGGUGGAGCCAUGACAUGAGUUAUAUACAGCAUGACUCUGGAAUACAAGUAUGUUUAUCUUCUUAAUUUCACUAUUGUGGUGUUUGUAGAUUAAAAUUAGUUAAAAUUCUUAUGUAGGUUAUAUUAGAAGCAGUUCCAAUUGAAUUUAAAGGACAUACCCAAUCAGUUGAGUGUAUUGCAACCUAUGGAAAUAUUAUUGUUAGUACCUGCUUAGCUGGUUGUAUUAAUGUUUGGAAUGCAUUAACUGGUGAAUUGAUUAGUUCCAUUGAUAGGUAAAUUUUGUGAAAGCAUUAUAUUUUAUUUUUUUUGUUAACCUUCCAGUGAGCACGUUGUUGUAAAUAGUACAACAGUUUUGUAUUUAUUUAUUUCUCUUGGUUAUAUUCUAUAAUCUAAAUAGCUUAAUUUAUCUUAAUAGCUAACAUGGGUAUUCCUCAAAAAUGUUAUUAUCUACGUCUUGGACUUUUUUUGAAGUGUUUCAGUUCACAUUUUGCAGACAAUUGAUGAAGGACUUAUUAUAUUGCAAAGUACAACAUGCGCUAUCCUAUCCGUGUACUUAUGCUAAAUAUGUCAUUUUUUUUUUAGUUAUAUAUAAUUGUUAUCUUAUAGAGAUAUGAUCGAGUAUGAUGCUUGUAUGUAAGGUACAUUCAAAAUAAGUUAUUAUAUGUGAACAGUGUUCUAAUAAUGAUGACAAUGACAAUUCUGAAUAAUUCAUUGUUUAUUUUAUUUAUUUAUUAUAUAAUAAUAAUUUAAAUAAAAACAACAGAAAACAUAUGAUUUAUUUUAUUACUGCCAGUAUUAAUAUAUAUUAGUAAAUUUGGAUUUAUAAAAUAAUAAAUUAAUUGAUAUUUGAUAUGUGUUUAAUUAUCACAACAUAUUAGGACUGUUGUAAAAUUUACAACGUGCGACUACUCUUGUUUCAGAUAAUGGCGUGCCCGCUCGAAGGUUAAUACUAAAAGUAAAUUAAAUCAAUUUGUUUAUAUUAUGUUAAAAAAAAUGUCUAAAAUAGGUAUUCAAAUACACCUAUUAAACAUUAAAAAUAUACAUUUUAAAUUGUUUAUAUUUAACAAAAAAAAAAAUUGGUAAUUAUUUAUAAAUUAAAUCUUACUAUUUUAAAUAAUGUAACUAAGUUAAAAUUUGUUUUUAAUCAAACUUUAUAAUUUACAUUAAUUAAAUAUCACUAAUUUAACUUAAUUUAUUUCAGAUCCAAUUUAGAUUAUGAUAGUGAUGAAGAUACUGAGGAAUUCAAUUUACCAGAAGACAUGUCUAAUGAUUUUAAAAAUACUACUUCUGAUUCCAAUUGUUCCUCUAAUUAUAACUUUCCGGAGCCUUUUAAAAAUACGGACCAGUAAGAUAAAUUUUAAUAUGUAUUACUUAUUAGGUAUAUAUUGCAUAUAUUUUGUUUAGAUUCUGUGCAAGGUGCAAGAAUAUAAUUUAUAUUGAAAAUACUAAUUCUAAUAUAACGAGCAAAGAUGUAAACAAACCAAGAUUUACUAUUAAUUCAGAUAAAAAAAGUGAAUGGGAAAGUCUAUCUAAAAGAGUUUCUGAAAAUGAAAUCUGUGUCAAUUCCCAAAUAUGGUGUGUUGAUUGUAAUGAAAAUGUUGUUGUUCUGGGUUGUGCUGAUGGUUCAUUGCAAUUUUGGGAUUUAUACAAGGGAAUACUUAAAGUAUGACAUUCAUUGUUAUUUUUUUGAAAAAUAUUUUAUUUUACAAAUAAUUUUUAGUGUAUGUGGCAAGGAGAUAUUAUUGAUGGAUUUACAGCAAUUAAAUUAGUCAAUAAAUAUGUAGUUGCUGUGAGGUUGAAUGGAUCUUUAGAAUUUUUCAAACUUGAUAUUUUUAGUGAAUCAACCCUGAGAGAAAGCAUAGAAAAACCCAAAAAUAAAUUACCGCUUAGAAGUAAAUAUUAUUAAAAAAUUAAUUUGAAUUGUCUUAAAAAUAAAUUUGUUUAUAAUUAAACAAUAUUUUUCUUUUCUUGUAGAGCAUGUAAGAACUGGAAGCAUAGGUUCAUCUCUUAAUAUAUUGAAUCCAACUAACGAUACUGUGCGUUGUCUUCAUUUAGAAUCUCUUAAGGCACACAAUCAGCCAAUUACAGCUCUUGAAACUAAUGGAGCAUAUAUUGUUACUGGUAGUCAAGAUCACACGCUGAAAGUUAGUAUGAUAAUGAGAAUUAUUAAUAUUGAAAUUAAUUUAAAGUUUAAAUGUUCUUUUCUUUGUAAUUAAAUAUAAAAUACUAUGUUAACAAUUAUUGUUUGGCGUUUUAUAUUUAUUUAUUUAUUUUAUUAUGUAAUAUAUAUUGUAUAAAUUUAUUUAUUUUUUUGUGAUAAGGUAUUUAGAAUAGAAGAUAGACAACUAUUGUACACUUUGCAUGGGCAUUAUGGACCGAUAACAUGUUUAUUUAUUGAUCAAGUUAAUCCUCGAAUGGCAGCAUCUGGUAGUCAAGAUGGAAUGUUAUGUGUAUGGGAUUUAAUUACUGGUUUGUUGAUAAUUAAAAAAUUAAUUUUUAUAUUAUACAUUUAUUAUCUUUUCCUUUACUUAUAGGUACAUGCAUGUAUACAGUUCAAAGUCAUGAUGGAGCAGUUUUAGGACUAACAUGUUCAGCAAGUUAUGUUAUUAGUAUUGGACAAGAUGAUAAAAUUUGUGUAUGGGAUAGGUUUCAUGGCCACCAACUUAACAGUAUUCAAAUAGUGAGCAAUUUAUUUUCAAAUAUUUUCAAAUUAGAUUAUUGUUAUUUAUUUUAUUUUUUUUUAUAGAGCAAUGUUUAUUGUUAUAAUUUGGCAAUGUUAACACAUAAUUUGCUCAUUACUUCUAAACAGGUAAAUAAUAUUUUUUAAGAAAAACAAAAAUGUAAUUUUAAUGUAUAUGAUUUGUUAUUGCUUAGGGUUGUAUAGUUAUUAUGGAUGUGCAAUCUGGAGAUCCAGUAAAAGUUUUUAGUUUAGGGGAUUCAGAUUGUAAUGUUGUUACUCAAUUGUUAACACUAUCGGACAGCAUUGUAUGUGAUUAUGGUACAGAGUUACGUGUUGUACGAUUUCCAAUGGUAGCUACUAAAGAGGAUUAAAUUGUAUCAAUGACUAAGUAUAAGA